AUGGUGGUUGUUGUGGUUGCUGGCGGAGCAGGAAUGAUGCUGUUGCAAGUUGAAACUCGCCUAUUUAUACUCCAGGUGACAUCGAGGGAAAUGCUGUGUCACGCCUGUGUCAAGAGCCCACUGUUCGAGAUCACCAAACUCUUCAUUGACUCGUACACAGACACUUUCCAAGAGACUGUGUUCGACCGAAGAAGGAAGAAAGGAGGAAACAGAGCGCUGCCCUCAGUGCCCGCCCCGACGCCGUCAGACGGGCCCAGCGCCGCCGACAUCGCUAACCAGGCUGCCGCGCAGGCCUCCGCCGCCGCCGCCGGCCUCAAGGGCGCUGCCGCAGGCGCUGCCGGCGCCGCAGCCAACCAGGCCGCCGCCAUCGCCGCCGCCGCCUCGCAGACAGCUCAGGCCGCCGCCGCCCAGAAGCAGUCGCAGGCCGCCCAGCUGACGCAGGCCAGGCAGGGCGCCCACGCUGCCGCCUUCGCCGAGUCCUCCCUGUCGGGGCAGGCCGCCGCCGCCGAGGAGGCGGCCGAGAACACGCACAAGCUCGCCCUGUCGGUGGCCGGCGACCUGGCCGCCGCCAGGCAUGAGGCGCAGGCCGUGGUGGCGCAGGCCUUCCAGGCGCUGCAGGCUGCGCGGGACGUGCGGGCCACGCAGGCCGCCAUGGCGUGGCAGGCGCAGCAGGCCGCCCAGGCCCUGGGCCUGCAGCAGAACGUGGUCGUGAGCGACCUGCAGUCCGCCCUGGGCGCCGCGGCGCAGGCGCAGGCGGCGUCCGCCAAGGCGCUGGCCAAGGCCAAGGGCAGCGGAGGCGGCUACAGCGGCGGGUUCGGAGGCGGGUUCGGGUACGGCCACUGAAAGAAUUUAAAAUAAUAACAGUAAUAUCUGACAAAGUUUAGGACAUUUGUAAUGGCCAUUCGAGGGAAUCGGUUAUGGCCGUUCCCCCUGCCGG